GGCAGCGUUUUUAAACUGGGAGGCAUUGAUUGAUGCGAUGGGAAUUAAACCCUGUACGAAUGAGUCGGUGAAGAAGCAAAAGCGUAAACAUGAGCAGCAACUCCGGAGCAGUUAAGGGAAGAGAAUUCCCUCUUCCUCGCUGCCCCUGCCCCUCCUCAAAUUCAAAUGCCCCUUCCCUUGAUCUCUGGUCACAAAUCGUUGCCGCUGAAACGCCCCGCCCCGAACGAAUCGACGUCGUUUACCGGAGAAGACACCCUCGCAAUCCUCAAAACCACGCCAACUCAAAGCCUCCCGAUUCUGCUAUACCGCGCCCGCCUCGGCAGAGUUUGGCCGAUCCAAACAAGCGAGUCAGUUGGAACCGUUCUCUUUCCACCCGAGGGAGGACAAGUAUAGCCGUUGGGGCUUUUAUGGUAUACCAGCCUCAGUUGAAGAAGGACAAAAGGAAAGGAAAACCCGCUCUUCCCAAAGGAAAGGUUGUGCAACCUCCAAACGUUGACAAGGAGAGGAUAUACUUUCAAGAGGUUGAUGCUUAUGAGUUGUUGGAGGAAAGCCCCUCCCCCAAGAAAAGCACAUGGACCAUAGGAAAUAUGACACAACAGGAACCAAUUCCAGCUGUAUGCUCCAGAUUAGAAAAAUGGUUGCACUCUAGAAGGUUAAACCCCUUCUGCGGUCCAUCUAGCACACUAUCGAAGAUACUGGAUACUCCUUCCACACGUUUGGAAACUAUUCGUGACAUUGACUUCGGUGCUUCUGACUUGAAAACAUUGGAACGAACUGACCGAAGCAAUUCUCUUCUGCAUACCAUCAAAACUGAGGAGAAGGAAACUUCUAUUGAGAAUGGCAGUCAUUUGCAAACAAAUGAAAAGAUGCUGUUUGCUCAAAGUGGUGAAGGAUGUGAAGAUAUUGAAGCUGGUGUUAAGAAACUUUCUCUGGUAUCAACGUCAUCUUCAAUAGAUGAUGACCACAUUAAUCCAUUUUCUGUUUUAUUAUCGAUUUGUGGACAGUCUGCACCUUCAGUGUUACAAGAUAUUUUCUCUAGUGGCUCAGAAACUAUUGUGAAAGUUGGUGAAGGAACAUAUGGAGAAGCUUUCAAGAUUAACAAUUAUGUCUGCAAAAUAGUUCCUUUUGAUGGGGAAUUCAGAGUGAAUGGGGAAGUCCAAAAGAGAUCCGAAGAAUUGCUGGAGGAAGUGCUUCUUUGCAAAACUCUCAAUCAAUUGAGAGGAAAAGAUGGAGAUUCUGAUAAUCUUUGCAGCGCAUUCAUAGAUUGCAUAGAAUUUAGAGUAUGUCAGGGCCCUUAUGAUGCGUCUCUAAUUCAAGCAUGGGAAGAUUGGGAUCUUGAGCAUGGCUCAGAGAAUGAUCACCCAAAAGAGUUCCCAGAUAAACAGUGUUAUGUGGUGUUCGUACAAGAACAUGGUGGCAAGGAUCUUGAAAGUUUUGCACUCCUGAAUUUUGACGAGGCAAGGGCUUUACUGGUUCAGGUUACGGCUGGGCUUGCUGUGGCUGAGUCUGCGUUUGAAUUUGAACAUCGAGAUCUUCACUGGGGAAAUAUACUUGUGGGCCGAAGUGAUUCUGAAACGUUGCAGUUCACUCUCGAUGGCAAGACUAUGUUGGUCAAAACUCAUGGAUUAAUAAUAUCUAUUAUUGACUUCACUUUAUCAAGAAUAAACACAGGUGAUAGCAUACUGUAUUUAGAUCUUUCCUCUGAUCCUGACCUAUUUAAAGGACCGAAAGGGGACAAACAGUCAGAAACAUAUCGGAGGAUGAAGGAGGUGACUGAAGAUUGGUGGGAAGGAAGCUGUCCUAAAACAAACGUGUUAUGGUUGAUCUACUUGGUAGACAUACUCCUCAUGAAGAAAUCAUUUGAACGUACUACGAAGCACGAGAGAGAUCUACGAUCCUUGAAGAAACGUCUUGACAAGUAUGAUUCGGCCAAGGAAGCAAUUCUUGAUCCCUUCUUCACUGAUUUGUUCGUUGAGUCUGACCCAAACUUAACAAUCUAAAGCUCCUUUUCCCACCUAACAUGGCAUUUUGUCAAAACUUUACUCGACUUUCUUGCAUCUUUGGAGGCAGCUUUACUCCAUUGUUCAACUUGAUCCGUACAAGGUGAAUUUUGUUUUUGCCAAGUUAAAAUAUUAAUGUAUAGAUCGAAGUGUGAUAACUGAAUAUAUAGCUACAAAACUUCUACAGCAAUGCAGGUUAAUUGUGAUAAUUUCUUCUGUAUAUUUUUCCUAGUUAAUGUUAUCACAUUUUGAUUUUAA